AUGAGCAGUGCAGGACGAGGAGGUACACAAGGUGGAAGAGGUGGAGCCAGUGGUGGCGGCAGAAAGGUCAACUUUAAUGACCCAGAGCUGGAUGACCAACCCAAUCAAGAUCCACAACCUCCACAACAACCUGACAAUGAUCCCAAUAACAACAAUAAUAACAACAACAAUAACAAUAACAACAAUAACAACAAUAACAACAAUAACAACAAAAACAACAACAACAACAACAAUAACAACAACAACAAUGUACCUCAAACAAAUGUUAUAAACAUCAACUUGAGGAUAUAUAUCUACUUUGUUGCGAUGGAGAAGUUGAAGUUCCUCCCAGCAAUCUAUGUUGAUGGCCAUAUGAUCCCAAGCUCCAUUCUAUACAAUGGACUGUACGCCACUUUGAUGGCAGAGGAGAACAAAGACUUCCAGUUCUGCGUCAAGAUGGCCGAUGUCCAAGAGAAGACUUCUCUUGGCAGACCCAAGUUCAGAGAGAUUGAGGGCAGACACAUGAAGGAGGGCAUGCUCUAUGUUGACAUCAACAAUGAAAUGUUUAAUGGUCGCGUGUGGCACACCAAGGUCGAUGUGGAGUCCGCCGUGCAAUUCGAGGAUGUGGCCCGAUUCCUGGCUGGAGCCUGUCCCGAGCCCCAAGUGUUUGAGCGUGAGACAAGAUUCAUGUUUGACAAGCUCAAGACUGGAAGCAGGAUGUUCUACAAUCUGGUGCUGAGAAGGAUACUCGAACAUUUGGAGAAAGAUCCGUUCGUGCCCAGUGAGAACAUCCUCCCCUUUGCCAUCAUACUCUGUCGUAUUGCCGACCACUAUGACUUUAGACAUUGCAUCAAGUUGGACAACAAGUUCAUCAGUCUUGAUAUCAUUAAGAAGUCAUUGCCAGCACUGCAGCGCAACCCAAAAUACAUCCAAGAGGCAAAGGAGUGUGGCUUGGUGGUGAAGACCAACGGUAACAUCUGGCGCUACUUCAACCUGGUGUCAGCAUUCGCCUACUCGUUCAACCAGCAGAACACGACCGACUCGCUGAACAACUACAGAGAGGUAUCCAAUGGCAAGCUGACCCAGGACGAGUUGGAGCUGAUCAAUAGCAUCACGGACUGGAAGGUGUACGCAUCGUUGGACCCGACUAUGUUCAUUACAUCCGUAGCGAUGGCCAAUAGCAUGUCAAUGACCAACGUCAUCCCUCAGUUCUUUGGCCCCCGUCUCCCAGACUACAAGACAUGCCUCAACAGAAUGAAGCGCGAAGAGUACCUUGAAGAGUGGCUCCAAUGUCUCAAACUUCAGCCAAACAUCGCGUCAAAGGACUCAAUCCCAUUCUCACUCCUCGGCGACCGCUUCCGCACAAACGAGGGCAAUGAUGUCAACAACCAAAAGGAGGUGUUGCCUCUGCUUCAAGCUGUGCUCGACCACGCCAAAGCCAUCGCCAACGCGAACAACAACAACAACAACAACAAUAACAACAAUGUCAACGCCAAGAUGUCGCUCUGGGACAGUCACCUACUCGAGCAGGUCAAGGACCGUGUGAAGAGACAGGCAGGCAACUCGAAUGAGCAGUUUGUCAAUGGCAUGAUCAACAUUGCUCUGAUGUUUGAGGAGAAUGGCCCAUUCACCCGUCAGUUCAUGCAGUACUUGCCCGAAGCCAUCGACAGGACCCUAGGCACAAGACUCAAGCUGCUGGUCAACAAGUACAAGCGUGGCACACUACUCUUCACCAUGGAGAGGGACUCACUCAAGACUAUCUAUGGGAAAAUGUCAAAGGAGUACUUGCUAAGCACCACAGAUGACCUGUUGGCUGUGACCGAGAAGCGCACUGAUGCCCUGGUCAUUGAGCUGUAUGAACUGUGCUUUGAGCGUCUGAUCGACAUCAUCAAAAAUGAGAAUCCAGUCACCCAGCUACAGCGACGCAGUAGCUUCCUCAAGUUGGUCUGCGCGCCUUCCGAAACCCGCGAAAGUGACCUCUACUACUACAUCACAAUCCAGGGCGUGCAGCAACAGUUUGAUCGUGCAUACUCUGACAUUAAUGGUGUGGCAAAGAAGCGCAUGGACCAACUCGUGAGCGACGCUGCCAUGCUGGCCGAACGCAUCAACUCCAAGCAAAUGUUUGGCGACGGCCUUCAGUUCCUCACCGAGCACAACAUGGAGCUAGUUUCAUUGUUGCUAGAGUUGGAGGAGCCACUAAGUGUGUCUGCCAAAAAGCUUAUACAACAUGCCAAGAAGAUCAAUGGCCAGUGGUUGAGCUUCCUGGAGGCAUUCACCAUCCUGCAGAGCUGUCCACAGUUUGAGGGACAGGCCAAAGAGAUGCACAAGGUCUACGCCGACAAGCACAGGACCAUGAUGCUAACGAUGGUAUGUGAGUGGUACGAGCCCCAGAGCCAUCCCAACUUCAGGAUGGUAUCCGACCGCCUCAAGCAACUGGGCAACUCAGCCUUCUUCCAGCACCUCUGGCACGACGAGUCGAUUGGCAGAGAUAUGUUGGCGAGGAGCACUGACGUUGACUUCACAGACCGUGUGGUCAUGUUCUUUGACCUCUACUUUGGCAAGUGGCGCGAGUUGAUCGAGCAGGUGGGCAGUGGCGAGUUGAUGGUGGCCUCCAUCGCCACCCUAUUCAAGAACAACAUUGACAACGGCACGACAAUGUUCCGUAACAAGAUCAUCAAGAUGAAGGAGGCCGAGGUGAGGAAGGAGAUGGAGUUCAAUCGUAAGGCUUUGAAGGAGGACAUCGAGACCAUCAUCAAUCAAGAGUUGGACCUAUACAAACUACUACAUCCAAGUGGUACCACCCUUGAGCGACAAAUCGUCUCCAAGAAGGUUCACAGCUGCAUAACCGCGCUGACAAUGAUCGAAGACAUUGUUGGGCUCCAACUCUUGCUUACCAAUCUUGGAAUGGACUCGUCGGUCGUCACAGAGUUCUGUACUAUCCUUGGCGACACAAACAAUCAAAUGAUCACAAAGUGCAAUGAGGUGGAGAGUGUCUACAACAAGUUGAUCAAUAAUCAUCCCGCGCUGGCCAAUGUGAUCCAGGGAUUCCUGUCACUGUUCCAUUCAGUGAUGGUCCAGCACGACCUCAACAAGGUGCUCUCCGUGUACAAGGACAUCGCUUCGCUCAACUCUCGCAUUGACAACCGUCAAUCAUCUGACAUCCGUGAGGAGACCCACGACAUUCUACACAUGUUGCGUCUACUCUGUGAACGUAACUCCAUCCUCCAUCACCCAGUAUAUGCCAAGAUCAAGGUGCGUCCGCCCUUCCCCACCAGCAUCGACGAGCUGAUCGCCUUCUUCAGAGAGUGUGGAGGAUCUGUCAUCCCGCUGGCAGGCCUGCACGGAGUACUCAAGCGCGCAGGCAUCCAAAUCGUACAAGAGUCACUGCAGAGCGAGUCAGAGGAUCGGCAAACAAUGGCCAUCGUCAAGAACAUCAUGAUGAAUGGUGAGUUCAAGAUUGAUGUUCGCUAUCAAAGGGUGAUUGUGUCUGCCAGCUACACCGACGGCACUCGCAAUGAGCUGGUCGUGGUCCAUCCCGAGGAGUUGGAGGCGCUGCCAUCACAACUACUGCUCACCAGUGGCGUGACAAUCAAGGGACAGCCCGUUGUGGACGUGGACGCGCCACUGCCCGACAACAUCGCCAAGCCAGAGGAUCGUGAGCGCUACGUUACAAGGUUCAACAUGAUGUUUGACAACUGCUUCCAGCUGGCCGAGGUCAUCAAGAAGAUAUGUGAUGCCGGCCAUCCUGACUAUCAAGUGAAGACAUUCAAUGUGGACUGUGGUCUGAGGAUGCUUCAGUUGACCGAGUGUAUCCACGAGCAGUCCACUGUGCUCGAGCGUUGGACCAAGCACUUUGAAGAGUUUAGAGAGGCGCACCCUAUCCUCUCACUUCUCACCCGUUCACAGCUUGUGGCCUGUCUGACGGCACUGCGCACUCAGAACUUGGAUGACCUGUUCAGUGUGUUGCAAUCAGUCGGUUGCAGUCCAACAAACAUGAGAGGGUCAAUCGACAUCCUGUUCAAUCAAGCAAAGAAUGUGAACAAGGCAUCGGAACUAAAUCGAUUGCUGUCGACCUGCCUCGAGAAGUUCUUCAACUUUGGCAAGUUGGCCUACAAGUCGCCCCAAAUGGCCGUCCUGCCCAGCUACACUCCUCUGACCGACAUCAAGAACCAUUACCAACUAGUGCGUGUCGUCUCGGAUGAGCACACACUCGAGGAGGUGGUCUUUGGCAACCACAUUGCCAUGCACAAGCGUCUGCCAUGCCCAAUCGAGGUACUGUUCUGCACGUCGCAGACGACAGUCGUGGACAUUGAGGACUUCCUCGACAGAUGGGCCCUGUUCAACAAGAUCACAAACACAAGGAACUCGACCUUCUGGCUGGUCAAGGUCGAGGACUUGUCCUACGCCACGCAGAAUCGAUGCAUCCAGAAGUUGUUCAUGGUGGCCGAGCAUAUGCCACCCGACCAUCCCAAGCUCUUCUUUGUGACCAAGGGUAUCCAGCAAUCAUCAUACAUCUCCACCAUCUUGGUCAGGAAUGAGACGGAGAUCAAGGCCGACACAUGUACUGCACUGGCCAACCUCAUCACCCCCAUGGCCAGCGCGCUCAACAUACAUGUCGUUCACUCACCAUCUUGUGCGGGAGGCAAGACCACCUCAGCCAUACGUGCAUUCGUCGCUGGCAAACUCGACAACAAAGGUUUGCCAAUGCGACAGGCGCAGUUCUCAAUCGACAUGACACCGAUGAAUGUUAUACUGCGACGACUGCUCGAAGCCCAUCCCAUCACAUCCGAUCGUGGCAUUGUGUUGCAUUUGAACAUUGGACAUCUAGUCAAUGCCAGCGAGGCCAACCUAUUCCUCUUCCAAUACCUGCUCAUGGCAAGCUGGCGCGACAGCACUGGCUACACAUUCCCACUUCAUGAGAAGAACACCAUUGUGAUUGAGCUAUCCAACACUGGACUCCCAGACGAGAGGAAGCGCAUACCCAUCUGCCAGUACUUCAGAGACCUCCCACUGCAACAUGGCAUCACCUCCACCAAACCCAUGCCACAGAUCAGCGAUGAUUCUAACAUUCUAUACAGCUUCCGUGAACAGGACACUCACCAUCUGGGCACGCAGAUGCUUGUGGCUGUUUUCAACGCUCUCGAGAGAGGCAUCAAGACCCUGCCACAGAGGAGUGAGGUGGCCUCUCUUGCCCUGCCCAACAGUGACAAGCUAUAUCAGAUGGUCUCAGCCAUUGCCCACAAGAACUACUGUCAGGCCGGUCAUUUGAUGGCCAUCACAUUCGCCUCUCCGGGAUCACUGGCGUGCACCAAGUGUAAGGUCGUCCCCGACCCAGAACCUGGCUACGCCCACUGCGCCAAGUGCUCAUCAGCAUUGUGCUUCAACUGUAUGAACAAAUUGGAUAUCCCGCAAGUGUCCAACACCAUGUUCCUGCGCAGGUAUUACUGGUUCGUGAUCCCACUGCUUGAGAACUUCUAUCAUGCCUAUGGUGUCUAUUGGGACUUCCCCGAUAUGGAGGAUGCCGAACAAGACUACAAGAAGCUGGCCUAUCACUAUGCGUGCAUGAUCCUAUACUGCACAUACAACUUGGCGUUGCCCUCGAUGGAGCCAUACGAUUCGACGCGUCCACUCGAUGACGUCCGCCGAUGCAACAACAUGAAGAAGUUUGAAUCAUGGCGCGAUACCCCAUUCAUGGUCGUCACACCAACUGGCUACCACGUCACCUCGGUCGCUGGCUUCUCGCCACUCGAGUACAUCAUCCAGCGCGAGCGACCACAGACUUCGGAGAACGAGCUGUUCCUACAGUGGAUCGUGUGCGAGGGCUCUUUGCAACCAAUGAACAGGGCUCAGCUGCAAAAGUUGUGCUCCAAGUUGAGUGACCUCACCUUCUCAGCCGACCACAACAACCCACUCUUGACAAGGUUGCUCGAGGUACUUGGCUGUUCAGAAACGGGAGUCAUGUCUGUUCUCCAGGCGAUCAACUCAAUGACAGGACAUGGCACACACAAGCUUGAUCAGAUCGAGACAUCUGACUCGUUGGUCAACGCUAUUGACCUGCUCACGGCCAAUGGCAUGAUGGACCUCAACACAAGGAUGAUCACAUGUACUGAGUUCAUCGCCAAGGGCACCGAAUACAUCAACAGUCUGUUUGGAUCUAGCAAUGACAAGCCAAAGUACACGCUCACCGCCGACAAUAUACUUCGUUUGCUCGCCGUCCAGACAAGAUUGAUUGCUGGCAUGCCAAUAUGUAUUAUGGGCGAGACAGGAUGUGGCAAGACAGAAUCACUCGCCUUCUUGUCCAGGAUCACUGGCAAGGACUUCCAUAUCAUUAAUGUCCAAGAGGGUAUCUCCGAGGAGAACUUCUAUAGCAUGAUGUCGCCAAUCAUUGAGCGCGCUCAGAGACAUCCCCACCGACAGUUUGUAGUUGCCAUGGAUGAGGUCAACACAACCGCAUCGCUCUGGAUUGCUAAGGACAUGCAGGUGGACCAUGUGUGUUUUGGCGUGCGUAUCCCCCAGAACAUCGUGUUUGUCACCAUCCUCAACCCAUGGAAGGAGAGGACUGCCCAGCAGCAGAAGACCAUCGCGGACAUGGAUGUUGGUGGACUGGACUUCCUCAAGUACCAGCAGCAGAACAUCAAAUCUGGUGGCAAUAGCGUACUCCAGCAGACCAAGAAGAAAGACAUCAAACUUGUGUACCAAGUGCACAGGGCUCCCGAGACGCUGUGCUCCAUUACAUGGGACUGGGGAAGCGCCUCAACUACCUUGUCGCCAUUCAAAGAGAUUGAGGAUGUGAUGGACACCAACUUGUUGAUCAAAUGGCGCGAUAACAUUUCAGACGAGUUGCUCGUCGCCUCCAGCAUGGUGCACUGGCUCAUUCAACACCUGCAAGACGUGACGGGUCUGCGCAACGACUUCAAGACCGCAGGCGAUGGCACUGAAGGCCAAGCAUACUGGAAGAAGUUCCGCACCAUCAUGGUGGAGCUACUUGUCGAGUCGCAGAAAUUCAUUCGCCACGACGUCUACCUCGACGAGAUCAGUGUCGUCUCACUGCGUGACAUGCGCAAGAUGUGCGAGCUGGUAGUAGUCAUAUUCGUUGAGUUCUGGUGUGAGGCGCGAUCACAGCUACAACGCGAACACCUCAAUCAAUCACUCCCCUACUUCCGCUUCCUCACCAAUGCCGUGCACGUCUCGCUUAUCAACACGUACUGUCUGCGUCUUGACUCGCCUCGUCGACUCAAUUAUCUAGUGCGCAUCCAGACACAUUGGCACAGCAUUCGCUCCAGGUUCAAUGACAUAAACCCCUUGUUCAUGGCGAGCCCAGAGUCCGCAAACCUUUGCCCAUCGUAUGACCAGUGCGAGCUGUAUGUCUCAUUCAACGAGCUUGCAACAUACAUCGUUGGCGACCUUGACAACGACAGCGGCAUCGCGAUGAACCAAGCUCUCAAGGAGAACACCUUUGCCCUGCUGUGCUCUGUUAUGACCAAGUCUCCACUGUUCAUUGUUGGACGCCCAGGCUCAACAAAGUCGCGCUCGCUCGAAUUGUUGAUCCGCGCCACCGACUCACACAGACGUGAUGGCACAUUCAUCGGCAUGUUGUGUAUCGUCAUCCAGAUUCACGUGAUUCAGUGCUCGCCCCACACCACAGCGCACCACAUCCGCGCCAAUGCCCUGCGUGCUGCACGCGCUCAGAUCGCCGCCGACAAGAUACCAAACACCACCGUGCGCAGAAUCAACAGUAUCGUUCUGGAGGAAGUUGGCGCAACCAUUGGCUCAGAGCACAACCCCCUCAUGUCACUUCACGACAUGAUCGACAAUGGUAUCGAGGUGGAUGGUCGCCGCAUCAAACUGCCCAUCAUUGGUAUCUCCAACUACAGAUUGGACGCGUCCAAGAUGGGUCGAGGACGUGUUGUCUACCGAGGCAACCCGCCCUUGGGUGACCUGGCCAUCACAGCCACAGCUAUCCUUCGCGACCUUGGCGAGAACCACGUUGGCGAAUGGAUCAAGAACUUUUCGUUGGCUUUCUCCAACAACAUUCUCACCAAUGAGAACUACACCUGGUACUACGGUAUGCGUGACUUCUACGCUGUGAUCAGCACCAUUCGUACCCUGGCCGUGCCAUUGGAGAAGAAGCUCGAGAUGAGCCAGUUGCGUACCGCAACACGAUCCGAGGUCAACUCACAUAUUACUCGCUGGGCGGUCAUGAUCAAUCUUCGAGGAUUCCCCGAUGCCAAGAGCGAGGCUGUGUUGGCCGACAGCAUGCAAUCACCAUUCCAACUCAAUGAACAUGUGAACGCACGAUGGGAGUGGCACGAGAGCGAUCAAAGCGAUCCCAUCAGACUGUGUGACUGUUGCGCAAAGAUGAAGAUGUAUCGCAAGGCACUGGUGUGGCAGACCAACAACCCAGACAGCGAGCUCACGCUCAAAGUACUCGCAGACAUGUUCCUGGCUGCCGUUGGCAACGUGAAGAUCCAUCAUGGACAGCACUAUUGCCAAUACUUUGACGAAGACAGUAUGGCUGUUCGCGCACCCGAGGUCAUUGCCUACUCCUUGCGCGAGAAAGCAUCGCGCCACGUCAUGAUCUUCACCAAGGCCAAUGCAGCCCUACUCUUGCUCUUCUCCAUGGGCCUGGUAAAGAAGGAGCAAUGCACCGUGAUCUUCCAGUGUUCGUCAUCCAAGGAUCAAGCCACGACCACGUCAGAGAUCGUCCAACAGAUGAUGCAGAUCAAGGGAUGCAUGAAGGAGGGCAAGACCCUGAUCUUGGUCAAGAGCAGACAUCUCUACGAGUCUAUGCUCGACGCGCUUAACGUCCACUACACCAAGGACACCAGUGGACUGGAAGCCGACAACCUUCACAAGACCAUGCUGUCUAUGGCUGGUGUUACUCAGUCAGUGUUUGUCGAUCCCAACUUCCGCUGCAUCAUUCUCGAGGAUCAGGAGGAGCUCAAGUCCAGUGUGCUCCCACCGAUGAUCAAUCGAUUCUCCAAGACUGUGCUCACAUUCGCCAGUGCCCUCAACCCCCAACAGAACAAGACCCGAUCGGAGAUCAUGCACCAGAGCAAGAUUGCCCUGGGAGACAACCAGGUGAUCAAUCUCUUGGACUUCCUCAUUCCAGGAUUGAACGAGCAAUCGUUGGACUCGGCGAUGUACACCUACACCACACAUGACGAGGUUGUUAGCCGUUUGUGCUACUGCUUCUCACGCAAGAACCUUCGACGCCUCUCACUAAAGUUGGUUGAGGGGCUUGCUGGCGACAACAUCAACGUGCCACUCAAUCGCUGGAAGGACAUGUGGAAGAUGAACGUUGGCGAUCAAUCAUUCGAGACACUGGCCGUUAAGAUCAUGGCCGAUGAGGUCCUGCCACAGCAACACCUCAUGCUCAUUACUGAGCAGAUCCAGCUCAAGGAGCAGUCUCUGUUCCAGACGCUCAACACAAUGCUCUUCAAGAUUGACAAGAGAAAGGUUGUCUUGGCCAUACCCCAGGUGACCAUCCUCAAUCAAACCACCAGUGUCGAUGUGUCCUCGGCACUGUCCACUCUCAAGCGUGCCGACGUCACCGAGCACAGCGCCAUGGCCGUCUUCCUCUUGGACACCACGUCAUCAUCUCAAUCAAUCCAACUCGACUCAUUCAUGUAUGCAGUGUCCUCAGAGUCGCUCCACAAACACCAACACGCCGUGUUGAUUGUGGUCGUUGCUGAUGAGCUUGCUGGAACAGCCUCACAGACACAGUCCCAGCCCCAGGCUCAGUUCUCUAUGGUGUUCGAUACCGCGUGGUGCCAGAUGUUUGUGGAUGAGAUCGUGCCACGACCCAUUGACGCGGCACACGAUGUAAAGGCAUCACUGCUCAAUCAACUCGAGCAAGACAAGCUGUUGCAUGAGAUACUCAAGCCAGAGUUGAUCAUGGCCUUGGCCCUGCUUCCAGACAACCUCACCACAUUGUGCCAGUCAAUGGGCUCGGCCACCAUUGUCACGCAGAGCUUCGAGAUGAUCAGCAACAUCCUCGCUCACCCAUCCAGCUUCCGAGACAAGAUCAUCGAGCUCCUGCUUAAUCAUGUUCGCCAAGCAGAUAUCACGAUUGAACGAUGGACUACGCUGGCCUUCCAGAAAGCCAGGUACUCGUCCGACUCGCUCCGCUCCAUUUACUUGGACUUCCUCGGCCCAUUCGUCAUUGGUGUGCUCCAUCACAUCUUCUCGGUGAUCACUCAGUUCCGAUCGCUACAGUUGCUCAACUCGAUUGAAUCGUGCGAAAUCCUCAUCAACUUGAUGGACUGCCCCGAGAUCUUCCCCCGAUGCAACGUCGAUGACUGCCUGUCACUCAUGCCACUCACAAUGUCUCGAGGCAAUCUAGAGUCGUCCAAAGGCUACUUCCUUUUCCCAGUGACCUCGCGACAUGUCGUGGGACAGCUGACAGAGGUCCAGUUCCCACUCUCGCCCAUCGUCUUUGUCCACCUCUUCAAUCUCUCACUUGUGGGCGACAACAUGGACUCGGUCGAAUCAUUCAUCCGCGUAGCACAUCUCGAUCAACUAUCCAAGAAGUCAUUGAAUGAGUACAUUGAUGAUGUGAUCGCCAAUGGCACGUCAGUGCCACUCGCCAACGUCGACCUUGUCAAGAGGAUCUUGGUGCAGCUCGGUGGCAAUCCCAAUGCAUUCGACUCCAUUCUUGAGUUCCAUCGAUUCAUCAUUGAUCACCUGGAAUGGUUCAACUCUGUGAUCAAGCUUGGCACGCAAUCAUUCUCGAAGGUCGCCAAGGACAAGUUUGCUGGUCGCUCUGUUCAGGACAUCAUCACUCUCACUCACAUCGAUGGAAUCAUCCCACUGAACAUGAUCGACCUCGUCAACCAGGUCACCCGUGCCGACGACUCUAUCAACUGGAGGAUCAUUCGUGCCAUUGCUAUGGCCGAUGCAGCAGUGGAUCAGUCACAACUCAAACGACAUCGCAAGACAUUCGUCGAGCUUCAAGACAUAUUCGAGGCUGACCAGGUCAAGGGUAUUGUCUCCCUCUUCACGCCCGACAGUCAAUCAUACAUCAAGUACUUCCUGUUUGAGUUGUUCGCCAACGAUAACAACGAUCAAGAAGUAGACCUUGACCACAUUGCCAGCAUCAUCCAAUCACUCUCUGGCGUGGACAACCUCUCUCAGUUGAUGGUCCAGCAUGAGGACACCAAGUGUGGACUGGCCUUCCUUCUUCGUCGUGCACUCAUCCUGAUCAUGGCACAUGCUGACCCUGCCUCCACCCCACUCUUUGGCGCGCUCUCUCAAUUGAUGAAUGUGUCCCUUCAACUCUACACCCUCCUGGCUCACUGUCUCAUUGAGAUCAUCUUCUCUGAGGGCAUACUCAAAGACACCGUGCUUAACGACGAGUAUGUCAAGAAGUUUGCCGGAAACAGUCCCUUGUGCUACUUCAUCCGAGUCAACACUGUUGUGGCCAUCCUCUUGGACAUCAUUGACAUGGACAAUGAGGCAGCCGCCAUCACCUACCAUCCAUUCAUUCAACAAUUAAUUGGCAAUGACAAUCAACUCACAAGAGAGAUGGCACUGUUUGUCCUGCGAUCGUACAGCAGCAGUGGCACAGUUGACAUGGACAAGUCCAUCAUCAACCUCAAGCAGUCCAAGUUCCCAGCAAGUCUGUCGAAGCACCCUGUCGUCAAUGAUGUAGCCCGUGCAUUGCAAAAGGUGUCACCACUCGCCGUGUUCCCCGGCUUCACCCAUUCAAUCACCGCGCUCGUAGAGUAUGCCGUCUCAAAGACAAACGACAAGGUAGCAAACUUCACAGCACUGCCGGUUGAUGGCCGUAUCGCAUCUAUUGCAUCAUUCUGUGCCAAGGUUGAGCCUCAACAGAUUGCCAACUUCAUGGCCGAUAUCUACCCAACAGUGUCCUCGCUCAUCCCCAAGGAAGCCAAUCUCGCACUCACAACACUGUCCAACACCAGAGCGUUUGAUCAGAGCUCAGACCUACGCGAGAUCAUCACUUCAGUGUUCGUGUCGCUGCUCCUCGGCUCCAAGCCAUUCAUUUUUUACAAGGACCUCGUUCUGAAGAUGAUGGAGAAUAAGGCGGCAGUGGUCAGACACAGCAGGGCCAUCGGGGAACUGCUCAACCCCAGGUGUCCUCGAGGACACGUGUUUGUCGACUGGACUGGCUGCUUUGCCAUCACCUGUAACGAUAAUUGCCGCGCUGCCUUCUGUGGUCACUGCCUUGCCGACUGUGGCGCAGAUGCCCAUGCCCAUGUACUCAAAGAACAUGGCAGCUACUUUGGAACAUAUGAUCAGUUCAAACGAGGAUUUGGUGCGAUGGCCACAAAGAGAAUCAAAGAAUACAUACUUGUGCUGCCUGCUGAUAUCCGUCCUCUGGUUGAGGCAGAGUUGCCCAACACACUCAAGGACAACCUCUUUGGGGUGAUGCCACAGCACAUCAUUGUUGUCCAGCAGGCCAAUGCGACCAACAACCGAGAUGUACCAGCUGUGUGUGGACUGAUAAUGGACCUCCUCAUCUCUGUCUCAAAGAUCUGGCACAGACUCGUGAACAACAACGAUGAGACUGAUACACUGCCCAACCUAGUCCUCGAGCUCACCCAACUUAUUGCCAAGAUCAAGGAUGUAGUAUUCCCAACAGCAGCGACAGUCACAAGCACAUACAGCUACAUCCAGGCAGUGCUCUGGAAGUUGCGGGCCGCCAACAUGCCCAUCGUCAGCAGGAAUGGCAUUCAAAACAAGGUGAUUGAGGUCUGUGGAAUGAGCCCGGCUCAGAUGCUCCAGGAUCUGGUUAAUGAGUGCCGUGCAGGCCAAACCGGUAUCUUGAGCGAACUCCAGCUCACUGAGGAGCAUUUGACAGGAGCCGGAAGUGGCAUGACUCUUCAGCAGGCUCAGCUCUCACUUUUGGCACUUCAACGAACUUUGAUCACUGAUCAUCAGAUCAUGGAGACAAUGAAGGCCAACUAUGAUACCUACCCGAUACUCAACCUGCUCAGGGACAAGGAGAGCAGCAUCACGAACAAGUCGAUCAACAGACAGAGGAGGGUCAUCAAGUUCCUUGGGCGUCUACAGGAUGCCGCUCGCAAGGCUGGUGUGACGAGAGCCCAUGCCGCCACAGAAGGCUCAUUCAUCAAACUGGUCAAGAAUUCGGGACUUGAGCCAUCGUACAAGUCAUUCUCAGCAGACCUCUCUGCCGUCCUCAAGAAUAUCACCAACUGGCAAUGCAAAGACAACAUUCAAGCUUUGUACGGACACAUGGUCGACAACAAGAUACAAGACUCUGUUGCCCUGGAAUGCUUCCUCCCACAGCUCAAAGGCAUUGGUAUAUUAUCGAUGUGUUUGUGGUCUGGUUGCUCAAGGGUCAAUGGAUGGGAUGGUCUGCCCCUGGUCCAGAACAAUCUGUACAUCGCCAUCCACGGCACACAAGCACCAAGAAUAGCAGGUAGCCCUUACCUACUGGAUGACAAGGACUUGCUUAACUUCAAAGUCCAACCCAUCCUCGACACAAUCAAUCAGCUGUUCAUCGUGCCUGGAUUCAACCCGCGACUAUCCAAAGACUUAUUUGUGAUUGAGGAGCUCUGCAAGUAUGGUGCUCCACGUCUUGCAUCACUCCCCUACAUCGCCCCAGAGUUGCCAGAGUAUGACUAUGGUCUUGAGGGCAUUCUCGAGCUCUUUGGCAAGGUCGAGGAGAGAUUGGCCAACGAAGGUGGACGUGCCUUCACCAUACUCCCCGCCACACUUACCAGCGGACUCAAGGGUAUCCUGAGCGAGGUGCCACACGCAGCCGAGUUGAUCUACUCAUUCUGUGGAGCAGUGCUAGUCCAUCAAAGUGGAGAUGAUGUCCCAUUGGGCAAGGUUGUGGCCGAGAUCAACAUUGCCAUGCCAUUGACCGAGGACCAGAAACAGGGAAGUCAAAUCUUGUUUGAGUUGCCAGCCGCUCGUAAAUCAUUCCUCGUGGAGCACAUCCCCGCCAUGAUGGGUCUGUGUUGGAAGACAAACAAUGUACACGCCACCGCCAAUGUACCAGUGGACAAAGACACGCUGUUGGAGAUACAAACCACAUUGCGCACUAUUGUUGGCACGCCCAAGUACCACCCAUUGAUCCCAUCGAUCCUGGCAUCAUUGCGAACAGCAGGUGUCAAUCACUUCACAGCAGAGCUUAGCAGACAGUUUGGAGAAGCACCCCUUGAGCUCUACUUGACAACAAUUCCAAUCUUUGGUGAGAAUGGCGAACAUGAUGAGUUGUCUGAGCGAGAGCCAUUCCAGACAUUUGCCAAACACUUUGGAGUGGUACUACGCGAGGCAGUGGAGAUACUUGGACCAAAGGAGAUACAAUCAUCAAAGGCUGAAGAGAAAGCAUUGGUCGUCCCCAUAUCAGCCAUCAGGAAAUACCUCAAACAGAAUGUCGUGGAACAGACUGCCAAGCCAACUCAACCCCAAAGAGUUGUUCCAAUCAACAAUAGCAAUAAUAACAACAACAACAACCACAUCAAUAAUAAUAAUGUGGUCAGGCCAAACAACAGAGGAAUAUCGAUAUCAACAUCCUCAAUGAUGAAGGACUUGGAGCUCUAA